AUGUCGUUAGACUACGAAAGACCGUUGAUACCACCUAGUGCCGAAACAUCAGAGACUUCAAGAUUGUCUGGUAGCCACCGCAGCGACCUGGGACAAUCUGAUAAGGCAGUGAAUUCGGUCUCGGACGGGCUUAACACACUGCAGAAACGUGGAUCAUCCAGACACUGCUACGGACAAAAUCUGCCACGGCCACCCCCUGUGGAGAAAGCCUUGACAGAUGUCGAAAACUUUAUUCAAAUUCAUGGAGACGAUUCCAGGCUGUUUCAACGGGAACAAAAUUCGGAGGUUAUCACUUUGAGCAGCGACGAUGAUAACAACGACGAAGAGAGCUCAGAAUGGAGCCCCGGCUCAUUGGAUCCCCUUCGUAACAGCGAUAACAUCAAGGACUUGCGUAUGGCAGAUACGAUGCGCAGAAGACAGGAAGAAUGGGCGGAUAGAGGAGCUGCGAAGAUUGUCAAAGAAAUUGUAAACCCAGACACUGGCUUAAUGGCCAAGCACGUCAUCAAGAAGGGCAUCAAAGAUUUCAAGUUUGGAGAGAUUUUGGGCGAUGGUUCAUACUCUACAGUUCUGUUGGCACGGUCCAAUGACAGUGGCAAAAAGUAUGCGGUCAAAGUUUUAAACAAAGAGUAUCUGAUACGCCAAAAGAAGGUCAAAUACGUCAACAUAGAGAAGAACACACUGCAGCGCCUCAAUGAGGGUAGGGGAGUGAUAAAACUUUACUUUACUUUCCAGGACGAGGCCAGCUUAUACUUUUUACUCGAGUAUGCUCCUAAUGGCGACUUCUUGUCUCUGGUUAAAAAGUUCGGAAGCUUAAGUGAGGAAUGUGUUGAAUAUUAUUCGGCUCAGAUCUUGGAUGCUCUAGACUUUUUACACCACAUGGGUGUUGUGCAUAGGGACAUCAAACCUGAAAAUAUCUUGCUGGAUAAAGAUAUGAAGGUUAAGUUAACUGACUUUGGCACUGCCAAGCUGUUGACUAAAAACGAAGAAACGAACCGUUAUGAUCUCUCCGAGAGGUCCAAGUCAUUUGUAGGGACCGCUGAAUACGUGUCUCCAGAGCUUUUGAAUGAUAACUAUGUGGAUUAUAAAUGUGAUAUAUGGGCGUUUGGCUGUAUCGUAUUCCAAAUGAUUGCAGGUAAACCUCCUUUCAAAGCAACCAAUGAGUAUCUAACGUUCCAAAAAGUUAUGAAAGUUCAAUAUGCAUUUACGGCCGGAUUCCCGCUGGUGAUACGGGACUUAAUCAAGAGAAUUCUCGUGAAGGCCCCAGAGGCCAGACUUGACACUUCACAGAUCAAAAAGCAUCAUUUUUUCAAUGAAACGAAUUUCGAAGAUAACAGCAUCUGGGAAAAACCACCGCCAGAAAUUGCUCCCUAUAAAGUCACCGCAAAAGCCAUGCAACCUGUCUCGGCGUUAGACAAAACAAAACCACGUUUGGUUAUUAACAUGCCGCGUCGGCCCAAUAGCUCCCGCUCGCCUUCUCAGACACCCGCCGCAGAGCCUUCUAAUGAUGUCAAGUCCCAAGAAGUUUCCAAAGCUGCCACAGACGCUAGAACCGCUCAAAUCUUGGAAAAUGCGAAAAGAGAGAUUCAAACGAGAAGGCAAAAUAACAGAAGGACGACCAGCGCGGCAUCAGCUGCUGCUCUUGCCCUUUUGAAGAAACCACAGAAAUCUUCGUCUUCCACCUCCCUUUCUGGUAAAUCUGACUCUCCUCAAAACACUAUCAUGGGAAAGGCGUCGUCCCCUAAAAUUCCACAAACCGCUUCUUCAUCCCAACAAGAGCGUCUUCACGCUUCUGCUAACGGCCUGACAGUGUCGACAGGAGUGUCCAAUAUUCCUCCAAUGUCCAAAACUGACAUUCUGUGGUCGUACUAUUUGAAGAAUAUUGACGAACGAGUCAUGAAGGUUGGCGAGCUGGAAAUGGCCUAUUUGAAGACCCCAUUACUAGAAAAAAGACUUGGCAAGGCAGGUGCUUCCUUAGUGGACCCCGGGCACAAUUCUCAAAGGACUACUCUCCUGUCUCAAGUUGCUCGCGCUGGCGGAGGGGUAACAGGUUUCAGAGGCGAUAAUGGUGGUCAGAAUCUUACCGAAAGCGAUUACUAUGCACAAUGGUCCAUAUCUGAUGAAGUUGUUGUGGACUCAUUCAAAAAACACGAAAAUGAGGGUAGCGAGGCACAUGCGGUGUCUACGAAAUUCAAAAAGUUAUUUCAAGUUAAAAAUGAAGAUGUUGACAAACCUCUGGAACCCUUACCUGCUGGUGAGUUUUUGAAAAAGGUUGUUGUUUUGACCACAUUCGGACGUUGUCUAAUUUUUGUUCGCAGAAAUAAGAUUCAGCCAGAGACCAAUCUCUACUUUGACCUUGAGUUUGAUAUCUCGAUGUCACAAAAGGACGUGAAGUUAAGAGAGCUUGUUGCCGAUGGUAAAAAUAGCGAGACGCAGGACCUGCCAUUAGUCAUUGAAACUCCUUUUAAGUCCUUUGUAUUCAAAAUCAAUGCAAACGAUUCCAGUUGGCUGAUGACUUGCAGUAAAAGUGUCAGACUCAAUCACGAGCGACUUUCAUCCAGGAGCAAAACUGAAGAUCCUGAGGGUGCGGCAGGUAAGGCUGCAAGGAUUGCGAGCCCCACGUUAGCGUCUACUUCUUCUUUCGCUGUGCAGGCCUCUCCAACUUUUGUGCCAGCAUCUCAAACGACUGUGUCGCCGAAAUCGCCAACUACCUCCUCCGCAGUGCCUGCUUUGACAUCUUCAGGCGGAGCCAAGCCAGGGAGGUUAUUUGAUAACUUCGUCAGUAACAAGGGGAGGCAAGGGAAAAAGCAAGCUAAGCCAGUCCCUUCUUCUGGAAAGUUGACAAAUGGCCUUCCGGCGGGUAGCAUCUUUGGAGAUGAUUAUCCCGAUAAUAAUGACAUCAGUGGCUCUAGUAUUUCUAUGGGCGCUUACACCACGGGCCAAAAACCUGUUGUGUCGGGAAAGAGCUCUAGAAUGCUCGCGAGGUCUGAUCGUCCACUGAAGAGGUGA